UAUUUAAAUGUAAUAAUGCAACUACAAAUUAUAGUAUUGCUCAAUUUCAUAAAGUAGAAACAGUUUUAUUACAAAUCACAAUAAAUUAGUUAAAAUAAAUCAAAGUGAAUGAACAUAUGGUUUAGAGAUCUGAUAAAUGGAUGCUUCAGAAUAUUGAUAUUUGAACUGAUAAAGCAAAAGUUAUACAUCAUAAUAUUGAAUAUAUUCACGAAUUUGAUUUCAUUUUAAAUAACAUACAUCUUUUAUUCACUGUUGCUUUAAUUAUUUCUGUACAUAAAAAAUGUUAUACUCUAAUUAAUAUAAGUUACUGUUACAUACAUUAUACACAAGAAUAAAAAUUGAAAUCUUCAAUAGUAACAAUAAUAUACUUGAAAAUAUAUUAUACCUAAAUAAAAAUCUACUUUUUAAUAAUAGUCUAGAAGAGGAAGGUGGAGUCUGGUGCAAUGAAUUAUCAGACUAUUGUUGUUAUAGCAACCAAUAUUGAUUCACUAUGUUUAACACAAAUAGUAUGGGUGCUUCACACCUACUUAUACCUUAUUUCAACAGAUCACCUAUAAUUUUCAGAGUGAAUAUUUAAUUUCUAGUCAAUUUUCAAAGUAUCAAUUAUUAAUUUUGUACUGCAUAUAAUUGCUGACGGUGGUAUAUUUCCAUGCUUAAUUCAGGAAAUGCAAUAUUUUCAACAAUCUGGAGUGUUAAUACAGACAUUGAAAAAAACAUAUCACAAAGAAGGAAACCCUUAAUUACUUUUGAACAGUCAGAAUUUCAAGGAUUACCUCUUGGUGAAUAUGAAAAUAAGCGUAAACAAUUAAUAAAAGAAAGAAAUUCUGACUAUAAUAAGUAUUUAACAGAGAAAGAGAAACAGUUAGAAUUGAAGAGAUUUACUCGAAAACUGCAGUCUCACUUAAAUAAUAAUUUUGAAACAAAUAUCAAUAACAGUUACAACAUGCUGACUUCCAAUAACAUAUUUGGUUUUGCUUCUUCAGCUUAUGAUCAGAAUAGAAAUGGAUCAUUUCAAUUUGAUACAAAGAGAAAUAAAGAUGAUUAUAGAAAAGCAUUAGAACAACAAAUGGAGGAACAAAGAAAACGAAAAGAGAUGGAAAAAUUACAAGAAAUGCAAAGGUGA